CAAGAACCACCACCGCGACCACGAGCACCAGCAAAACCUCGCUCACCUUUCCAGAUUUUCAUGUGUAUUGUGUGUGCUUGAACCUUCACAUCUACGAAAAAAUGUCGACACCCGAUUACGCCUCGACGCUUUCGACUCUCCGGGCCCAACAAGCCGAUCAACCACUCUCGAUCCUCGCGCUGGCCGAACCGAUCACCGCGUCACAAGCACAAGCACAAUCUCAGUUUGAGCCUGGUCGCAGAUCCGAUGCGUCCACUUCUUCCUCUUACCACAAUGCCUCUUCCUCGGCGGCGGCGGCGGCAGCAGCAGCAGCAGCAGACACCAUGGCCGACACCUCCACCUCCUCACUGCAGCUGACGCCGGCAUCUCUCGCGGCCGACCUGGCGCACUACAAGGACCUCUUUUCCAAACUUCGCUUCAGUUACCUCGAACAAGUCACGAAAGAAAAAUACCUGCGGAGCAUCGUGGGAGACCCGCCGAGCGUGGUGGGCCACGAGGAAAACGCCGCGCUCGAGGCCCGUCUGGGUGAGAUGAAGGUCGAGUUGAAGGACAAGAAACAGACCGUCGACGGGCUCGUCGCGGACAUGGAGGCCCAGGCGAGGGUGCUGGCCGGGGUCUACGAAGACGUCAACACCAAGAUCGGGGAGUUGGACCGCGCAAGCCCAGAAGUCGAACGGUUGAGGGACGAGGUGGAAGAGCUGAGGCGAGAGUUGGCCCGGAGACAAGGCGAGGACGGGAAGCGGAGGGAGAGUGACCCGCGCAUGAACAUGUCCCUGGACGAGACCAGGAGGGCGCUCGAGGAACGGAAUUCCCGCAUGGCGGCUGUGGAAGACCAGAUCAGGGCGUUGGAGAGGGAGGUGCCGAGCAAAGUCGCGAGACUGGAAGAGGUGGAUCGCGAGUUAACGGAACUGGAUCGGAGGAGGAACGAGAGUGUGAGGCUCGCCGUGGAGGGGAAACGGAGAAAAGAGAACGGUGGGAGGGACGAGGUCGAGGAGUUGGGCAAGUGGUACAGGAGUCAAGAGGUCGUGCUGAAGGGCCUGGGGUUGGAUGUGGAAGCGUAGCUGGACACGAUCAGUUCGUAUGCUUUUGGGUAAUUGAUAUGGGACGAAUUUGAUGUGGUACGGAUUCGACACGACUUGAUAACGACACUGUACGAGGCAUUUGGAAAUGACAACUAGGUAUUGGAGUACCGGAGUACCAAGACGAAUGAGGCCUUCAAGAAUGAACGGAUGGCUUUGUAAGAUACCUGAUAGCGAGAGAGAGAGAGACUUGGGAAUCUCGACAACCAGGUUUAGAGUUACUGUACUAAACGCAGCCAACAGUACGACUAUGGGAAAAAGGGAAAAAGGACAACAGCCGUGAUUACUUGGGUAGUAGAUGUUCUGAAUUUGUAUCUACCAAGUUGAUUUGUCC